AUGUUUGGCAUCAGAAGAUCGGCGCUGGCGCGCUCAAAAUGCCUGGCAUCUAAGCUGCCCGCACGAACUGCAGUUGCAGCUAAGCCUUCAUGUAUCAAUGCCCAGAGUUUCCACUCCACGACGGCGCAGGCGGGAUCUCGAGCUACAUGGAUGCCUAUGCGUGUUAAGACACCAUGGAUUGAUGCUUUGACUCAAAGUCGCGAGGCCCAAAAAGCUGAUGCACAGCAGAGUGGUCAGCAGAAUAUAAAGCCUGACCUGACGCCGAAGAAGAUGUCUGACAGUUAUUACAGCGCUGUCCUUCCUCUAGCCCAAGACAAAUGGCUUCUAGACUCCUACCUCAACGCCGAUGGGCAUAUCAGAUUGGGAUCAUUACUGAUGGACCUUGACGCCUUCUCCGGAGUCAUUGCUUACCGCCAUACAGGCGAUGGAGUGUCAACUGUCACUGCUGCUUGUGACCGAAUCACCAUUGAGAACCCCCUAAUGGAAAUUUGUGAUCUCGAGUUGAGCGGCCAGUGUACCUACGCUACGGGACGAUCAAGUAUGGAAAUUUCGCUUCAAAUCACCAAGGCCCGUCCGGAAGGAGUGGAAGCCAAGCCCGAAGAUGUUCUGAUCACCUGUGCGUUCACCAUGGUGUCGCUGGAUCCCGUCACCAAAACUCCUGUUCCCGUGGCUCCACUUAUUGUAGAGACUGAAGAAGAAAAGCGCCUUUACCAAAAGGGCGAGGAAAACUCAAAGGCCAAGAAAGCUCUGCGCACUCGCAGUCUCCUACAAAAGGCACCCGACGACGAGGAGAGCAACCUGAUCCACUCAAUGUGGACAAAAGAGAUGUCCUACCUGAACCCCCAAUCCGGAAUCAUACGCCCAGACAACCAAGUCUUCAUGAGUGACACCGUCCUUAAAUCUGCCAUGAUCAUGCAACCCCAAGACCGCAACCGCCACAACUUCAUGAUCUUCGGUGGCUUCCUACUAAAGCAAACAUUCGAGCUAGCCUUCUGCUGCGCAGCGUCGUUCGCGCACGCACGACCAAACUUCGUCGCACUAGACCCCAGCACCUUCGAGAACCCCGUUCCCGUCGGCAGCGUGCUCUACCUGCGCGCGACAGUCGCCUACACCGAGCCUGAGGAACGCGAGGGCGAUAGUACCAAGUACACGAAGGUGCAGGUGCGCGUUGACUCCAAGGUUCGGGAUGUUGAGCACGGCACGAAGAAGUCUACUGGCAUGUUCAACUAUACUUUCCUUGUUGAGAAGGAUGUGCAUGUCAUGCCGAAGGGGUAUGGUGAGUUUAUGCUUUGGACUGAUGCGCGUAGGAGGGCGCAGAACGCUGCUGCUAUUGAUCCUGCUCAUAAGAUGAGUGCUCUGAGGAGUAUCAAGGAUAGUGUUACUGAGUAG